AUGACCAGCAUUCUACCACCCUUCGUUCAGGCAGCAUCGGGCUCACUAGGAGCAGCGAGCGCCAAUGCGCUGACUUACCCACUGGAUCUCAUCACCACACGUAUACAGGCUACGGAGAAGGGCACAUCCAUACGCAAACAAAUCCACACCUAUGGACUAUCGUCGUUAUACGAUGGCAUUGGGGCAGACACUGGUGCUACCCUACUUUCAAGCUUUUUGUAUUACUACGUGUAUUCCUUCUUGCGAGCAGUCGUUGUCCGCGGAAAUGGAAAAUCAAAGGCAGCCAUGUUGUCUCUUCCACAGGAGCUCGCAAUUGGUUACCUAUCAGGCAUUGCCAGUAGAUCCAUCACGACACCUCUCAAUCUCAUUACGGUGCGCUUGCAAACCGCUCGAGUGAGCGAUGAUUCCUCAGCACAAGGAGGAACAUCACGGUUCACGGCAAUUUGCCAACAAAUACUUCGGGAAGAGGGGUUACGGGGAUUCUGGAAAGGGUUCUCAUCCAAUUUUGUGCUUUCACUCAAUCCCGCGGUCACACUCUAUCUGUUCCAGCAGUACAGACGAGUGAUGCUCAAGGGGAAAGAACGUGCCUCCCCACCCCCAGGCCAUUCCUUCGUAGGAGGCGCGCUUGCAAAUUCUAUAGGCGGGUCACAUUCCUCUGAUGCUACUGUCGUACAAGCUUCCCGUAGAUCUAAUUCAACCAACAAUUCAUCACAGGGCCCGUCAAUACGAUCAUCACUCCAAGGAAUAUAUACCGCUGGCGGAUUCUUCGCCUUAUACCGUGGUCUCGCGGCGCAGUUGUUCAAGGGCAUACUGAGGCAAGGAACAGCUAUGAUGGUGAAACAAAGGUGA